AUGGUCAAUGAAGAAAUAUUACGGGAAUUUGACCCCCUCAGCGGUAGGAAUACCGCAACAACCAGCACGAAGCCAAGCCCAGAGCAGACAUCCGAACAACAAAGUGACAAUUCCACUCAUAUAUCGGGACAAGACUUGCGGGAUGAAUCUCAUGGUCGCGUCGAAUCUGAAAGAGAGGACCCGCCUCUAGGAUUCCAAUUGUUCAUCCAACAACUCAAAACACCGGAAGCUGAACCGAUUGUGAAAUAUUUGAAGUCAUUCCUCCAUAACUUCUGCACUAGGAGAGUUCUAUGGAGCGCUUCCGAACAACAGAAAUUGAUUUCGGACUUCAAAACGUUUAUAUAUGACAAACUGUUGGUCUUUGAGCCCUUCAAAUCGUUAACAGAGUCACAGUUAACCAACGCUCAAGAGGGUCUGGAGAAACUCAUCAUGGGGAAGCUUUACAGCAGGUGCUUCUCGCCGUCGUUGAAGGAUUCUUUGAACGUCAAGUUGGAUGAUGAGCAUGAGGGGGACUUGCUUGGGGAUAUAAAACUACGAGCGAAAACCGAGGAAUACCAGUUUAUAGAGUUGGAAAAUUUGGAUAUCUCUACUGAGAUUUCUACAAAGUUGAACAAGUUUAUGAAACUAGCGAUUAAUGAACUCAGUAAGAUUAAUAAGUUCAAGGCUCCUCGCGAUAAAGUUGUUUGUAUUUUGAACUGUUGCAAAGUUAUCUUUGGUUUACUGAGACACAACAACUUGGAUAAAGAAGGUGCCGAUAGUUUUAUACCGUUGCUCAUAACUGUUGUUUUGAAGGGGAAUGUUGGGAAUCUCUAUUCUAACGUCAAAUAUAUCGAAAGGUUUAGGGACAACAAGUUUAUGAAAAGCGAGGAAACGUACUAUUUGAGUAGCGUCCUUGGGGCUAUAAAUUUUAUUCAAGAGAUGGAUGAAUCGACGUUGACCAUUGCAGACAGGGAUACUUUCCGGAAAAAAUAUCUGAGCAACCAGGACACGCUGGAGGAACAACGUCGCAAAGAGACAGACGAGACUGUGAAUAAUAACAAUGACACUUUAUUGCCCACUACUCUAGACGACGUGACAAACAGCAUGGCCACCAUGGUCAACGAUUUCCUGCUUUCGUACGGCGGGAAGAACGCAACGGGCGUCACGCCCACACAGCCUACAGUGGCCAACGACCAAAAUGCCACCCAGGAGAUCGCAGAGCAAGAAAACGACGCCCACAUCAACAGACUGAUACUUCAACUGGAAGAGAGGGACAAUGAGGAGGCGCUGGACACGUUGCAGUCAAUGUUCCCGGACAUAGACAAGGACAUUAUCCACGACAUCGGUGAGGCGAAACGGUACAGAAUCGGCGAGUGUGUCGAUGCGCUGUUACAGAUAUUCAAUUAG